CCAACAAGAAAAAAAUGUUUAAGACUUCAGGAGGGGUGGAAAAAAAUCCUGAAAAUGUUGCGAAUUUUUUCUUUCUGUGUAUUUUAUCUGGCCCAACCUGCAGAACUUGGAUCAGACAUAAACUUUCCAGUGGUUCGGGUCAAGGAGAUCCUAGUCCCUGAGUACGGAGUGAUUGGUAAAAACGCUGUUCUAUCCUGUUCCUACACCUCUACACACGGAGUAUAUUCUGUACGAUGGUACAAGAACGGAGUAGAGUUCUACUGUUAUCUUCCGGGUACAGAUAAUCCUAUAUCAGUCUUUCCAGCACCUGGUCUUCAUGUAGAGGUUGAAAAAUCCUCUGCUACUUCAGUUUAUCUACAAAACCUUACGCUGGAUAGCACAGGACGGUAUCGGUGUGAGGUGAGUGGAGAAAGUCCAUUCUUCCCAACCGACUCCUUGUACGAGGAUAUGCUGGUAGUUGCUCUACCAAGAAGAGGACCCAGGAUACAGGGAGCUAAACCAAGGUUGGAUAUAGGAAUUAGGGAGAUAAACCAAG